AUGUGGGCAGGAACUGGUGCAAGCAUUCUCUCUGCCUUGAGUAAACUACCAUCUCUUCCUUGGUUGGCGAGGUCCAAGAUAGAACGACACUUGCAAAUGAUCUCAGUCUAUCAAUGGGUUAUAACUUUUCUAAUUAUGGGGAUUACGUGCACCGUAACCAUGUGUUACAUCUUCUUCACUAAUCUCUGGCCGAUUGCAGCUUUAUACUUUUCCUGGCUAGUCAUCGACUGGAAUACGCCAAACCAAGGAGGACGAAGAUCAGAAUGGGUUCGGAACUGGACUGUUUGGAGAUACUUCCGAGAAUACUUUCCUAUCAGACUGGUGAAAACACACAACCUUGACCCCAACAGGAACUACAUCUUCGGUUACCACCCCCAUGGCAUCUUUUGCUUUGGAGCAUUUUGCAACUUCGGGACAGAAGCCACUGGGUUUUCCAAUAAAUUUCCAGGAAUUCGGCCUUCCCUGGCCACGUUGGCUGGGAAUUUCCGGUUGCCAAUUCUGCGGGAUUAUCUAAUGAGCGGGGGUAUUUUCCCUGUGAAAAGGGAGGCUAUUGACUUCCUGCUAUCGAAGAACGGGACUGGGAACGCGGUGAUAAUUGUGAUCGGAGGAGCAGCUGAAUCUCUGGACUGCAGUCCAGGGCACAACGUUGUGACCCUUAAAAAGCGUAAAGGAUUUGUGAGGAUCGCACUGCAGAAUGGAGCCGAUUUAGUCCCUGUUUAUACUUUUGGUGAGAAUGAAGUGUAUCAGCAUGUUAUCUUCAAGGAAGGAAGUUUGAUGCGAGCGAUACAAAAAAAGUUCCAGAAGCUGAUUGGAUUUGCCCCCUUAGUUUUCCGUGGCCGUGGCUUCUUUUCGAGCAGCUCCUGGGGGCUCGUGCCUUAUGCAAAACCCAUCAACACUGUGGUCGGGGAACCAUUUACAGUCCCACGGAUCGAAAACCCAAGUCCAGAAGAGGUGGAUUUCUACCACAAGCUAUACAUGAGCUCCCUCCUCAAACUCUUCAACAAGUACAAGGUUAAGUUCGGUUACUGUGAAACAGAUCGGCUGGAGGUGAUUUAA